GUUGUGCUGUGUUGCAGGUCUGCCCAGUGACUGAAACACCUGCUUGCUAUGAUGUGAUGAAAGAGGCCUGCAAAUGUGACUUUGAUGAAUUUGUUAUUUUAGAACCUGGAGAGUUUAACAAUAUCACAGAAACCUGUGGAUGUUCCUGCAGCUCCUCUAAGAGUGUCACUUACAAGCCAGACUUCAAUUCUGCUGAGCUAUUAGCCAAAGAGUUGUACCGAGUAUUCCGGAAAUGCUGGAUGUUGUCAGUAGUUGAUUAUCAGCUGGCGGGUUCUCUGAAUGCAGCUGGCUCAGUAGUUGUAGAUGAAGAACGUGUCCGAAGAGACUUUGAAUCUAGCAUGGACAUAGUACAGGAAAUUAAAUUUAAGUCUAGGAUCCGAGGAACUGAAGACUGGGCGCCCCCUAGAUUUCAAAUCAUAUUUAACAUUCAUCCACCACUCAAGUAAGAGUGGGCUGUGAUGGCUCAAAGCUGGAGCUGCUGCGGUCCAGGCUUGGGGCUCAGCCCCGCUGUCCUCGCCCCGCUGUGCUCGGCAGAGUUUGUGAAGCGGCUCCGGUACUGCGAGUACCUGGGGAAGUACUUCUGCGACUGCUGCCACUCGUACGCCGAGUCCUGCGUCCCUGCGCGGAUCCUGAUGAUGUGGGACUUCAGGAAGUACUACGUCAGCAAUUUCUCCAAGCAGCUGCUGGACGGCAUAUGGCACCAGCCUAUUUUCAACUUGCUGAGCAUCAGCCAAAGCCUCUAUGCGAAAGCCAAAGAGCUGGCCAGAGUGAAGGUGAGCGGCUGCCUUCUCAGAGGCAGGAAGCCCGCGUGGCUGUCGGCAGUGUCCCGCGGCAGGAAAUUCUCUGGCAGUGCAUUAAAGGAGUUUGAGCAGGUGCCGAGACACUUGACUGAUGAGCUCCACCUGUUCUCCCUGGAGGACCUGGUCAGGAUCAAGAAAGGGCUGCUCAUGCCCUCGCUCAAGGACAUUCUGAAAGCUUCCCUCGCACACGUGGCUGGCUGUGAGCUAUGUCAAGGAAAGGGCUUUAUUUGUGAAUUUUGCCGGAGUACGACCGUCAUCUUCCCAUUUCAGACCACAAUAUGUAGAAGAUGUUCAGCAUGCAGAGCUUGCUUUCACAGACAGUGCUUCCUGUCCUCUGAGUGCCCCCGGUGUGCGAGGAUCACAGCUAGGAGAAGGCUUUUGGAAAAUUUACCCUCUGCAGCAACAUGAUGCCCCUGAGUAUCAUGAAAAAGAUUGUUCAACGUGCCUUAUGAUAACACCAAUUUGUGCCUAUCAUUGGUAACAUUGU